CGAAGCAGCUGUUUUAGGGUUUGAAAUUCCAACAUGGCAGUGGCUGUGGUCAGUGUUGCCUGCGCUAACUUGGAAUGGUUUUAAAUCGCAGGCAGGCUCGCUUAACCUACCGCACACUCAUUCAUCAGCAAGCUCCACCGUGGAUCGAUGUUGCUCUAACCCCAGAGGUCGACCUGUCGCACAUACAGCGAGACAUGAUCAGUAGCAACAGCGUCUAUGGCCUAAAGAUGCAGUGGACCCCAGAGCACGCGCAGUGGGCGGAGCAGCACUUUGACAUCACCUCCACCACGCGCUCGCCGGCCCACAAGGCCGAGGCUUACCGGGGUCACCUGCAGCGCGGCAGCAGCACAUACCAGUACGCCUGGGCCAACGACGACAUUUCUGCGCUCACCGCCUCCAACCUGCUCAAGAAGUACGCUGAGAAGUACUCAGGCAUCUUGGAGAUGCCCAGUGAGAGGGCCCUGCUGAACUCCUACUCCGAGGCCGGGAUGAAUGGCAGGAAGGGGGAGGGCGAGGCCUGGCAGGAGGGGGUCUACUGCGUCCCCGAGGGGAUGUCUAUGAGGAAAGGAGGGGUGGUGGCGGAGGUGGCUGGUAUGUGCAGCUCUCCGUCCCCGAGCCUGGCCUCCAGCGGCCUAACAGAGCCUGGUUACUCCAGCAGCAGCUGUGGUAGUCACACCGCCACGGCCCUCCACUCCUCUGCAGGCUCCUCUCAGGAAUACGGCCACAGCUACAGUGGCUCCUACCUGGGCUACAGCUCCCAGGUCACCACCUCCCCGCUGCACAGCUCCGGUCUCUUGCAGCCCCCUCCUCCGCCCCCACACCCCUCCCUGGUCCCGACCUACAAUGGGGGAUCCUCCAACCUCUCUGGCUACAAUUACCCCCAUGCCGGGUACCCCUCCCAGAGCGCUGUGGGGCCAGGCUACAGCCCCGGGGGAGCCCCCCCUCCAUCCUCCUACCUACCGUCAGGGAUCGCCGCUCCCACCCCCCUGCCCCCCUCCUCCACGCUCCCCGGGUACCCCUACCAGUCGCACAACCUCGGCCCCAUCGCGCCCACGCCUCUGAAUGGGAGCUCGUCCAACUCUCUGAAGAGAAAAGCCUUCUACAUGACAGGGCAAGGAGAGAUGGACUCCACUUAUGGAAAUUUUGUCUAUGGCCAGGCGCGCAGCUCCGCAGAGAGCCCCAUGUACAGGGUACCGGACAGCAGCAUCUCAAAUGCGGGCGGAGGGAACAGUUUUGACAGGAUCGCUGACAAGUCAUCUUUGCCGUUUAAUCCCCACAAGCAGCCCAUGGCCUCUGAGCAGUCUGCAGGCGGAGCACUCACCCCUCCGUCCUAUGCCUCCACCCUGGGUGGCUCGCGCUCGGCUGACUCCCUGGGCAGCUUCACCUCUCCCUCCCUAAGCGACCAAGGGGACGAGCACCGCGUGCACCUCUCCCACCUCUCCCUGACAGGGGCGACCUCAUCCUCCCGGCCCGCUGAGGAGCAGCUGAAGAGCAGUGACCCCCACCUCCUGGACAUGGUGACCUCUGAGAUCCUGCAGCAGGGACCCCCGGUGGACUGGAGUGACAUUGCAGGCCUGGAGCUGGCCAAGGCCACUCUGAAGGAGGAGGUUCUCUGGCCCAUGCUACGUCCGGACAUGUUCAGGGGCCUAGGUUCGGCCCCGAGGUGCAUUCUACUGUUUGGUCCCAGAGGGACGGGCCGAACGUUGCUGGGCCGCUGCAUGGCCAGCCAGCUGGGGGCGCCCUUCCUGCAGCUCAGAGGUUCCACCUUGGCCACCAAGUGGCUGGCAGAGGGUGACAAGAUCCUGCAGGCCUCCUUCCUGGUGGCGCGCUGCCGCCAGCCCUCAGUGCUGUUCAUCAGCGACGUGGACAUGCUGCUGUCGGCCCAGCUCAACAACGAGAGCCCCAUUCACCGGCUCAAGGCCGAGCUCCUAGCCCAGCUUGAUGCGUUGCUCCUGGGGCCGGCCGAUGACUCCAACAACCACGUCCUGGUGGUCUGCUCCACCAGCAAGCCCCAGGACAUGGACGAGGGGCUGCGACGGUACUUUGGACGGCGGGUCCUGGUGCCGCUGCCGGACGGUUCGUCCCGGCACCACAUGCUGAGCCAGCUGCUGUCCCAGUCCCAGCGCAAGUACUGCCUCAGUGAGGAGGAGCUGGUGCUGCUGGUCCAGCGCACCGAGGGCUUCUCCGGCCUGGACGUGGCAAGGCUGUGCCAGGAGGCCCUGGUGGGCAUGCUGCACACCUCCUCCCAAGGCCUGGACCUCUCGGUGAGCAUUAUGCCCACAGGCCAGAUGCGACCCCUCACCUACCAGGACUUUGACAGUGUUUUUUGCAAAUUCCAGCCCAGUAUAUCGCAGAAAGAGAUCGACACAUACACCGAGUGGAACAAAAUGUUUGGGUGCGGUCAGUGAACCUCGGGAGGGGGGGGUGUCCUCAAGAAAGGGGCGUUGGGAAUUCUUUGACCUGGCUGUGGUGCUAACCAGAGAGGAAGUCACACAAGAGGGGCGACGUAACCCCCCCACACAUGAGACCUGACACCAGAGGUGGAGAAACAUCAAGAGACUUAGUUGGAGUGAUACCUGAUGGUUUGGCAGGUAACGAGCAGAGAUUUCAUUAGGAUGCUUGACAUUGCUAAAGCCAGGCAUUGUUUACACAUUUUGAAGGGAUCAACUUGAGACAGAGGAGGACCCUGUGUGUAUAUAUAUAUAUAUACCUUUGUUGUUGUCCCCUAAAAUGUAGUUGGCUAACCAAGUGCCUGUAGUGGUGCUUUCUAAAUUCUAAUUUCUUUUUUAUGUACAAUGAUUUCGUUUGCCUCACAAUCUACAUUAAUGGCAUGUGCUGAUAUUAAGAGCUUUAAACUUCAACAGCGAGAUUAAAAUUAGAGUGGCGGUUGCCAAUGGAGAUGGUCAAUUUUUUUCUCCUGCCAUUUCACCAAGUAUCAACAGUAUUCCUCAGGGGGUGACAGUAAUCUGGACCCCCGAUCCAUACACUUCAUCUCUUUUGAUCCUCUGUCUGCAAAGAAAAACUCAGGAAAGUGUUUGUGAAUUGUACAGUACCUCAAUGACAUCACCACACAUAAGCACUAUGAUCCUCUGAGAGUAUUAAGACCAGGAUUUUUGUCAUUUAUAUCAUAUCUAGAGAAACAGUGUUAGGUUUACCUCGAACCUUCUAGGCAAGACGGUCAAGGAGAUGAAAAUGAAUGUAACCAGAUUUAGUUCUGGAACGACGGGACAAAUAAGUCAAUAUGGAGGUGCUUAAAGUGAAGAAUUUGGGGAUGUGUUCCGUUUCCAUUUGAAGUUUUUUCGAAAAUGCGAUGCCCUAGUGUGUUUUUCUGAUCCUGCCUUGUGUAUUGAUUGAAUCAAGAGCGUUGUUCACCUGGUGUUUUAAUGAGGUACUGAUGACCACGUAUAGUGGAUUAUAUUGUUGUCAACAACCCACAACUCUUUAGAUGGAACAGUGGACAUUUACAUUUACAUUUACAUUUAAGUCGUUUAGCAGACGCUCUUAUCCAGAGCGACUUACAAAUUGGUGCAUUCACCUUAUGUGGACUUCGGUUGCUAUUUCGUUAUCGCAGGAAGCCAUAGAACUGCUGUACUUGACGAUGAAGCAGACACCAAAUGAAAGAAAGCGAACGGUGCCGUGACACAGUUGUGUGACUCCGUAUAUUCCCAGGAUAAAUGCAACAUCAGGAUCACACAUACUUUCUGUUUCACCUUGGUUGGUUUUAACUCACCUAGGAGGCAGCAGAGCCUCCGACCCAAAUUGGCUAGUUGCUAAUGACUGCUCUAUGUCAGCCAGUUGAGUCAGUUUGAAUGAGAAAAGGCUGCCAUCUUUAUUCAUCACCGAGGUCAGAGGUUCAGCACCAGGGGCUCAAUUCCAAACCGGUUUUCUGUUCCUUACCAGAGGUCCUCAUUGGCUUAACCAGGUACAGAUCUGACAUGAUUGGAUUGUUCACAGCGGUAUGGCUGUAGAGCCACCUAGACCUCUGGAAUGCUCUGGGGAUUUUCGGUCAUAUUGCUAACACCUAUCCAGUUGUGUCAUAUCUGCAAGGAGACUCAACAAGGGCUUGCGGGUAGGAGCUAGAAAUUGUUUGAAGAUAUUUGGCCAAUCGCAUCUUCGUUGUACAGUAUGUGCACACAUUACCCCAAGAACAUGGUCAGGGUGAAUAUACUACUAAUUUGACACUCGUCCUGGCUCUUAAAGGCCCAGUACAGUCAAAAAUGUGAUUUUUCUGUUUUUUAUAUAUAUUUCCACACUAUGAGGUCGGAAUAAUACUGGGAAAUUGUGAAAAUUAUGAUAAUGUAAUUUUAGUGUAAGAGCUGUUUGAAAAGACUGCCUGAAAUUUCUGCCUGUUUUGGUGGGAUGGAGUUUUGGCCAUUCGUGGUGAUAUCACCAUGUGGUAAAUUAGUUAUUAGACCAAUAAGAAAGAGAGUACCAAACCUCUCUGCCAAUAACAGCACAUGUUCUGUUUUCCACUCCACACUCAGACCACUCCCAGGAUGUCCUAGCAAAAUUCUUGCUUGAGAAAUUGCCCUUUGCUGAGAGUUAUAUAUAUAUAUAUAUUAUUUUGUUUUACCAUUUUAAUUGAAAGCAAUCACAGUAAGGUACUUCAAUGUUACCCAGAAAUGAUUUGAUAUUGAGAUAAAAACAGCUGCAUUGCACCUUUAAGAAACGUCCAGUCAGUCUAGUGUGGUCAGUUCCAAAAGACCCACAGAACAGUGAUUCAUAGCUCAUUGUGUUGCAUUUGAAUGUAUUUAGUUUGCUCUUCUUUUGUUCUCUGUGCGUGACUGUUGCUAAGCACCACAAUGGCGAUGUUGAAGUACCGUAGGUGUAUUAUUAUUAUUGUACAGCAGCUGCACUAGAGCAUUCCUUUGUGUGUAUUUCUGUCUCGUCUUUAAUAAUCACGGGUUUGCAAUCCCCGAGCACUGAGAUUGCCAGUACCACGUUGCUUGCGUUUACGUUUUUGUCUGUUUUGUCAACUUGUGACCAGUGUAACGUUUUACCUCUUCCUUAGAUUGGUAUUCUUUCCCGUUCUGAUUUGCAUACCUUUUCCAUUUUAGCACUCAAAGGAAUUUAGAUGUAACUUGCUGUGGCUGCACAUUGCACUCGUCUACCACGACGUCUCGGAUAUUUAAGAUUGAACACUUCUCCAACUUCUCUCACCUCGGGUAGAUUAAAGGGUGGAUCCACGGAAGUAACACGACCGUAAUAUAACCACUUACAUGGCCUCUGAAACUUUGACUCAAAUGAUGCUUCACUCAUAUAAAAUAAUGGUAUGUGGGUGAAAUGUACAAUGUUUUAUUGAUAUACUACAAACAAACAAACCUUAAAACACAAAACAUCCAUGUUGAGGUCUCCGCUUUUGUUUACCUCUGGAGUUACUUAAGAAUUAGCUGGAUGCACUUUCACCUAACUUUAAUUCAUCGGAAUGUUCAAAUGUUUCACACACCUUACACGGUGUCAACAGACUAAUACACACAGCCUGAGUGUGCUGUAUGUGUAAAAGCUCAUCGCUAGAAGGCUUAUUCUCGAAAUAGAAAAUGUAGUCUCCUACAUUCUCCUUGACCCGCAGCCCAGGCGUGUGAAUCUCACUUCUCCAUUCACUCUCACUGAGGAGAGGAAAGGACACGCUGAGGUGUGUGUGUGUGUGUGUGUGUGUGUGUGUGUGUGUGUGUGUGUGUGUGUGUGUGUGUGUGUGUGUGUGUGUGUGUGUGUGUGUGUGUGUGUGUGUGUGUGUGUGUGUGUGUGUGUGUGUGUGUGUGUGUGUGUGUGACAGCGCGGCAACAGCACGUGGAAACUGCAGUGCAGUCUGUCAACAGCCUGACCAGAACGCGGUCUAUCCCAUAAUUCAGUCUGCCAUCUCUAAACUGGUGUACAUGAGAGCACAAAGAGCCCAUUCCUUCACAUAUACAGUACUUUCGACACAACCAAAUCACUUGAAUUGUACUUUCCAACCAAUCUUAUUUUCUUUGUUUUGUUGCUAUGUACUCGGCUUCAUUUUUGUCUUUGUACCAGAACUGGCAAGCAAUGUUAUUGGUGGUUUCUGUGUUUGUUUAUUUUUCCCUUUCUAUUCAAUCAUUUUAUUAUAGUGUUCUUUAAAACAUUUCUACCUCAUGGCUACAUAUUACACAUGUAGUAUUUCAUUUAUGUCUUUUGAAUGUCCUACAUUUGUUGAAAAAUCUAAACAAAAGAAAAAGGAAGUGGGUGGGGAGCAGGAAAUCACAGGUCCUUGAGCUUGAGUCUACCUCAGAGGCACUGAGCAGAGGAGAUGGUGGUACAGUCUAACGUGUGUCUGACAAAACUGGAUGCACACUCACUCAAGACACCGAGCGACAUAUAGACACACAACACCCGCAAGGAAACAUUUUUGGUGGACGGGAGAAAACUGUUGGACUUUGCAGGUCCUCUCCGAGGUUUCUCUUGAUGCAUCAACCAAUGCGUUGCUUUAAUCUUUGGUGAACUGUAGUUGUGUGAUUGUGUAUAUUACGUGGGCACACAUGAAUAUGAUUUGGUUUGUGUGGGAUUUUAUAUAUAAUUAGUAUAUAUAAAACACACUUGCACAAAACUUUAACUGAGUGUAACGUGUUUCUGUUGUACAUAUUUAUAUACAUAAAUACAUACAAAAUGCACCACAUACAUGUUUAUAUGUGUGAAUAUGUUGCCAUACUUGGAGUCGACUUAAAUGUAUUUUCAUGUAAUCUGUCUGAGGUACAAAAGACAACAACUGAUUCAUUAAAGAU